AUGGUACUCACCGCAAUAGGCGACUUCAUCUACAAAUUUUACUGCUUGCUGUACCAAAUCGUUGCCAUCGUUAGCUACACCGGCUAUGUGUUGUACUACAUCCUCCACAAUAUAACGUCGUUCGUGCUGUGGUGCGUUCAGAAUGGAACCACCUUCGUGCAGCUCGUAUACGAGGACAAUCGUCAUACAAUCCAGGAUGUAAAAACGGUCCUAGCCGGUACGUCCUACUUCUUCGUCAAUAAUGUCGGAAAGGCUUGCAGUGCUGUCCUCUUCCUCGUUCGAGCAAUUUGUGAUGGGAUAGGAGCCUUUCUAUCGGUGCUGAAGCUAACCGUUUGGGGUGCAAAGCAAAGUCUGUUACUGAUCGGAGAUGCCGGAUGGAUGCUGUUUACCGCACCGUACCAGCUGAUGGUACUGAUCGAUAGAAAGCUAAGCGAAGGAUGGGAACUGUUGCAACAAGCGGCACAGAAUGCGUUCGACGAAUUUAUCGCUACACUGGUCAACGUUAAGCAGUACAUUUACAAGGAAGUUCCAGCUCAAUCUGCCUGGGGAUUGCUCCUGUUAGCGCUUGUCUACAAAUACCCGGCACCGAUGAUAGCAAUGGUCAAUUACUUCAAACAAAUGCUACACACCGGUUUCUGUUACGUACGCGUCAAGCUUCGACGUCCUUAUGGUUUAACGGUCGAUUAUCUAUCAAAGGCAUAUAGAUUUGCAAUGCGAAAUACCGGCCGGCUGGCUGAACUGGAACCAACGAGGCAACGGACGCCCGUUCGUGCGACUGUCGGAAACUGCAUCAUAUGUGAAGACAACGAACGUACCGUCGCCUUUGUUCCCUGCGGACAUUUAUGUGCCUGUAAAGCUUGUGCGAGAUCCCUGUGUUACUACAAUCCAGUGUGUCCGCUCUGCCGGAAGUUUAUCGAGCGAAAGCUAGAGAUUUACAUUUAA